AUGGCAGACUUCUCUGAGUACGGCGUUCCCAGCCACGAGUGGACAGUGCUCGAGUCGACGCUGCCACCCUUCUCAAAAGACCUCUCACUUGAAGACUUGAAAGCAGGCACGAACCGCGGCAGAGAAGAUGUAGCACAACGAGAGUUAGUAUCUCUCGCCUCGCAAGUGACAAUCCGCGACUACUCGAUCUCAGCACGAGAUGGGUAUGCCCUGGAGGCUCGUUCCUACCGUGCAGUGUCAGCGCCUCCUGACAAGCCACUUCCGAUUUAUAUCCAUUUCCAUGGCGGUGGCUUCUGCUUCGGAACGUUGAGCUCGGAGGAUGCCAUCUGCUCGCGUCUUGCGAUCAACACCAAUGUUGUUGUGCUGAAUGUCAACUACCGCCAUACGCCGGAGUACUCCUACCCUACGGCGUGGAACGAUUCGGAGGAUGCUCUGGACUGGGCCCAUGGCAACGCAGACAUGCUCAAUGGUGAGCGAGAGAGAAUAGUGAUCGGUGGUAUCUCAGCAGGAGGCUGGCUUUCAGCGUCCCUUUCACUAUCAAACCUGAGAAGGGAGGCUAAAUCCCGGGCUCGUAUCGUUGGACAGGUCCUCAUGAUUCCCGCGCUGGUCUACCAUGAAUGUUAUGAAUCACAGUUGAAACGUCUCAAGGAUCCAAGCUUAUCGUCGUACAAACAAAACGAGUUUGCCGCGAUCUUACCAUUAGAGAGAAUUAAACAGUUCAAUGAACUCCUCAAGGUCAAGCACGCAGACCCUGAGGACCGCAGACUCAACCCUGGGAAUGCCACGCCAGAAGAAGUGAGACAUCUACCACCGACAACAUUUGGCAUCGCUGGUUCAGAUCCUCUGCGGGACGAAGCCUUGUUUUAUGCGAAACUACUAGCUGACAACGGUGUCCCUACCAGGGUGAAUAUGUUCAAAGGUGUGCCUCAUGGCUUUCGUCGUUUCUCAGACCAACUUUCGGUGACCAAGGACUGGGAUCGAGUCAUCGAAGAGGGUAUCUUGUGGGCACUGAGCAAUCCGGUAUCAUUCAACACAUUCGAUAUCCAGGCCUACUAA